GUGAGUAUAAAAGGCCAGGCAGUUUGACAGGACAAUGACCUUGGCUAAAUGUUUUCUUUGUCUCCCCCUCCGGUGUGCUCUGAUGAUCAGAGGGGCCGUUGAGAUGCCUGGAGUGCUCAGGGGUCAUCAAAGGGCAGCUGUCCACUAUAAAGGGGCCUGUCUGGAGCUCCGUCUGUACAUAGCAUCAUUUCAGCCUGAGAGCAGCUGGAGGAAGGAAGGAAGAUCUUUGCCUCUCUCAUUGCGGUUAAGAGUCAAUUUUGAGUUUCAGUAGAAAAUGGACGUCCUGACAGUUUUCUGCACAUUCUUCCUCUGCUCUUUUGGAGCUGUUUCCUCCACUCAGUGGCACAGAUAUCUCUCAGGCCUCGAGACCAGUUUCGCAUUCAGAAAUCUCUCGUUUAAUCAUCGCAGCAGAUACCCGAUGUACAUGAUGCAGAUGUACCGUUCCUUCCGGACUGCUGAUUCCUCGACGUCAGUAGCUGUCCUUACAACACAAGGUGACACCCCGUCAGUACGCAGCUCUGACUCCGUCAUAAGUCUGACAGCCAGAGGUUGCUAUCAAGUUGGUGAAAGAUGGACAGUCACAUUUGACAUGUCGUCCAUCUCUACUUGGGAGUUUAUCCAGUUGGCAGAAUUUCGGAUCAGACUUCCUGCUUUCUCCGCCUCCAGGCGUGCCACUGUGGAUUUAUAUCACUCCGGAAAGCAGAACUGUGACCUGGGCAGCACGUCAUGCCAGGAUGAGCAGCUUUUCCUGGGGAGCUUUGACACAUCAGCCAGCAGCGCAAAGUCUUCCUGGAAGGUUUUUAAUGUGACUGCGCUGCUAAAAUACUGGCUGUACCAGGGAGAUGGAGUGUUGAGCCAAGAGGCCUCAGGAGAACCCGAGGCGGACAAUGGGAGCGGUGCUGGAGAUGACGGGGGGAAGUCCCUCCUCAAGAAUCUGGGAUUGACACAAAGAAAAAUACACCAUCCAACCACAAACCGGGUCAUGAUGGUCAUCUUCUCCAAACACAAUGUGCCCCAGGAAGGCCACACAGCACACAGCCUCAUUCACACGGUGGAGAACUCCAAAUAUGUGAAGAUGGACAGAGUCAGCAGUGACCGUCAAAGUCGACGCCACAAAAGGAACAGGAUGGAGAGGAUAAGGGUGGCUGCAGAAGCUUCACCCACUGCUGCACCAACAACAGAGCCAACCCAGAGGCCGCUGUGUCGGAGAGUAGACAUGUGGGUGGACUUUGACCACAUCGGCUGGGACGAGUGGAUCGUGCACCCUAAACGCUACAAUGCAUUUCGCUGUGAGGGAGAGUGUCCUUCACCACUGGAUGAGUCCUUCAACCCCACCAACCACGCAUACAUGCAGAGCCUCUUGCAACAUCACCAUCCAGAGAGAGUGUCAUGCCCGUCCUGUGUGCCAACGCGCCUCAGCCCGCUCUCCAUGCUGUACUACGAGCAGGACGACUUGGCCCUGCGGCAUCACGAGGACAUGAUCGUUGAAGAGUGUGGAUGUCACUGAACGCCAGCAUGUCCCUGGUUUCACUGCAGUCACAAGAGCAGCAACUGACGGAGCAUAAUCUUGAGCUUUAUUUCAGCUGCCUCUUUACUGUUGUGUCAAAAAUAAUGUUCAAAUAUUAAAUUUAAGUUCCUAAUCAUGGCCUCUUACAACAAAUGACGGGAUAGGACUGUUGAGUUUGAAGGACAAAAUAUUUCAUCCACACUGGGUGUUACAUAAUCGUAUAUACCUUUAGUAUCUAUUUAUACGUUAUAAUGUAUAUUUUGUACAUAAAAUAUAUAAAAACAUAUAUUAAAGCAUUUUAUUUUGACACGACUCUGAUGUUUUAUGUUUUUUUUGUUGCUCAAUACAUUUGAAUUUACUUUUUCUUAAUAUUGGGUGCUUGAAUUUUCUAAUUAAAGUUAUGAACUCUAAAAAUAUUUAAACUGGAUACAUUUUUUUUUUUUUUUUUUUUAAAUUGCACCGUUUGAAAUUGACCACAGAAUACUUUAAAGAAGGGGACUCAUAAUUUCAGAUGGUUUUCAAAAUAAAAUCUUUAGUGCUAUAGAUUUAGUAGUGUUUAAAUUUCACAUGAUGUUUUAUGUUUUUUUAAGCUCCACUAUUAAAUUAGAAUUUAGUUGCUCUUUUUUUAAUUAUUAAAGUUAUGAACUCUGAAAAAUAAAUAAACUGGGAAAAACGUUUUUUUGAAUUGCAGUUUGAAAUUGGCAGCAGAAUAUUUUAAAAGAAGGGGACUCAUAAAUUCAGAUGGUUUUCAAAAUAAAAGACUUUAGUGCUACAGAUUUAGUAGUAUUUAAAUUUCACAAUAAGGUUUUCAGUUGCUUUGAAGAUUUAAGUCUAUGUCCAUUAUUUUCAUCCACACAUACCUUUAUGGUUUUAAGAGCUGGGACCAUGUCAUUGUUUUGCAAGUCACCAG